UGGUCCGUCCAUCCUCUCGUCCCUCUCCUCCUCUACAGCGACACACACUUCCCUCCCCCCUCUCCGUACAGCCGGCCAAUCAGUGCACCCGCUGCCCGGCAGGCCGACGCCCACUCCAACACGCACGCCCGUAACCACGCCAACGGUGUCUCCAGCCGGCCCGUGGUGAAGAAGCCUCUGAACGCCUUCAUGCUCUACAUGAAGGAGACGAGACACAAAGUUCUGCAGGAGGGACGAGAGAGAGCGAGCGCCGCCGUCAACCGGACCCUGGGACGCAGGUGGCGCGCCCUGUCCCGCUCCGAGCAGUCCAAGUACUACGCCCUGGCCCAGGAGGAGAGACUGCUCCACCUGCAGCUCCACCCCGGCUGGUCCGCCCGGGACAACUAC